AUGUCAAAGAAACUACAUGUUGGCAAUGCUUAUACCGUUCCUGAACAGAUGUCCCAUGAAGAGGAAAACCAGUUAAUUUCUAAAGAUUUGCUGGGAAAAGAUGCGAUAGUAGCCAGUAAACGCGAAGAAACUGAUGUUUCUUCAAAAGUUAUGAAGAGCGAAUUAGAUAUUAGUGUUGAAGAAACGGAAAGCAGCUCACUUAAUAUUUUAUCUAAAAAUCAAAAGGAUAGAGGAGGAAGGGUUCGGUCUUUUUCACUGGAGGAAAAAGAUAAAUUAUCAGAAAAUGAUGGCGAAGUUGAUAAUAAAAAUAAAAAAUUGAAUAAUGCAGAAGAUAAUUAUAAUGCAGAAUCUAAGAGUUUACCUCCUCACAAUGGAGAAACAAGUAGUUCGAUAGAACAAGACAAGAAAAAAUUGAGCGAGGACCGAGAAACCGCUCAAGAAAUAGAAAAAGAUGGAGAAAUGCUGGACCACCACACCAUUAAGCAAGAUCAGACAUCAAUAGGUAGCUUGGAGCGAAGUGCAGUUGUUUCCUAUGGAAACGCGUUAAUAUUGCUCAAAGUGAGUGAUGAAGAAAUUUUGGAUAAUGAAAAUGAUAUAAUGGAAAGAAAUAAUAAUCGGAUUAAAAAAAAAAUCAGGCCUGAAAUACUCGAAAAUGAAUCUAAAAAAAAAUUCGAGAAUAAGGUCAAGGAGAAAAACGAAUUGAAACUACGGCUGCGACCAAGAGUUAGUAGUUCUGAUGAAGUAUGCAGAAAGAAGAUGCGAUUUGAAGGUGAAACAUGCGAAACAUUGGAAUUAAAACAAAAAAAGAAUAUGGAAAUGGUUCAAAAUAAAGAAAAAGUGCAAAUAGAAAAGAACCAAGCAAUUGGAGUUCGCCGUUUACGUCAGUGUGCCAAGGAAGCAAAAAUCAAGAUAAAAAAAUUAAAAGAUUCCAAGUCGCCAGAUGUGGCUGAGAACAGUUUGGAUGCUGCAGAGACUAGAGAAGGAUCUUGUGAAAGAAAUGAAUGUAUCAACAGAGAAUGCUUUAUAAGGAUUUCAUCAAAAUGUUGUCAAAAGGAAAAUACUCUAAAUAUUUCUGAAAAUGUUAAUUACAAAUUAUUUUAUCAUAUAACGAAAGGAGAACAUGUUUGCUACAAUUGUUACAACGAAAUAAAUAAACCCAUUGUAAUUCUAACUUUUUCAUAUAGUGGACGAUCAUAUUCUAAAUGGUAUAAUGAAUGGAAAAUGGUGUGGGUCGAUGAAAGUCGUUGUACUCCGAAUGUUCGCUUUUAUAUUCAAGAUCAAUUAUUACCUUUCUGGCUGCAGUGCAAUAAAUGUUCGAAAUUCAGGUGA